UUUGAUUUAAUGUUGUCAAAGUUUUAAAAUAUGGUGACAACGAGGAGUUCUAGACGACCUUAUCCUACUAAAGUCCCUUUUACUACUACAAGUAUAAGGAAGAAAGCGGUUACUAAAGUUUUGCCUAAAAUCUCUACUCAUUCGAAACGCCACGAAAAAAAAGAUUUAGAAAAUACAAAUAGUAUAGCUACUCAAGAAAGUAACGCGCAGAUUGACACCACUUCUUUGGACAAUGGCUCCUCAGGAAAGCUUGCAAAUUUAGGAGAAUUAAUUAAUAGCUUUGAUUCUGAAGUUACUGUGCGCUGCGGAAUUAUGAAAAAUAAAAUAAAAAAGUGUGAAACGGAAUUGUGCCAAAUUUUUGCCUUGGAAUUGGUGAAAAUUCCAAGGGUCAUUAAAAAUAUGACUCUAUUUGAGUUUGUGGUUAAAUGUCGAGAACUCGGUGUUUAUAUAGACUCCUUGAACAUUCCAAGUUCUGCUUGGAGCUCUUUUGACUCUCUUUUGGAAUCGAAAAAAACUAAAUUAUUUGAAGCUGAAAACUUUAAAGAAAAUUUUAAAACAGUUGUAGAGACUAACACUCCUUUUAAGCCCCUUAAUUCUUCCACACUGCUUGCAACCCAGAGAAGACCACGUGGCCUUCUCACGUGCGCCAAAUCGCAACCGUAUAGCUCUCGUUCCCCCUUCACACCCUUAGUUGGAAAACCGACUAAAGAGGGCCUUGCCGAUCUCAACGAAUCGGCUUUCUCUAUUUUUAUGGAAGGCGAAAGCAGUUCUUUUAAAGGGAUUGCAGUUCCGUUGGAGUCUGGCGAUGACUUAUUAAUCAAUGAAGACACUGACUUUAGUAAAGUGGCGCAGGGAAUUGGUAAGGAAGCGCUUCAAAAAACAGUGCAGAGGCUAUUAGACAUGAAGGAGCAAGUCUCUAAACUCGUUAUGCAAAUCCAAAGUGAGGCUUCCAGCGUUUUGUCUUGA